GGGAGAGGGGAUAUAGUGAAUGUAGGGUCCGGGGAGACCAGAUAUAGUGAAUGCAGGGUCCGGGGAGACCAGAUAUAGUGAAUGCAGGGUCCGGGGAGAGCGGAUAUAGUGAAUGCAGGGUCUGGGGAGAGCGGAUAUAGUGAAUGCAGGGUCCGGGGAGAGCAGAUAUAGUGAAUGCAGGGUCCGGGGAGAGAGCGGAUAUAGUGAAUGCAGGGUCCGGGGGAGAGCGGAUAUAGUGAAUGCAGCUCCGGGGAGAGCGGAUAUAGUGAAUGCGGGGUCCGGGGAGAGCAGAUAUAGUGAAUGCAGGGGUCCGGGGAGAGCGGAUAUAGUGAAUGCAGGGUCCGGGGAGAGCAGAUAUAGUGAAUGCGGGGUCCGGGGAGAGCGGAUAUAGUGAAUGCAGGGUCCGGGGAGAGCAGAUAUAGUGAAUGCAGGGUUCGGGGAGA